AUGGCUCCAAGAACUCGCUCGUCCAGCCGCCAAGGUGUCAAGAACGAUCCUGAGCGGGUGAUGCUUCUGGGAGAGACUCUCGACUCUCCAAACGAUGACAUUUCUCCUCGGUGCGAGCGAGAUACUUCCGCUGUUUCCCAAUGGCUUAAGAUCCGGAAAGCUGCAAAGAUGACCAUUCGAAUGCGGAUUCGGAGCCAAACCCAUGGGCAACGAUUAUCGCUCCUACUCGGCCAGCCGGACGUUGACCGGAAGGGUCCCAUUGAGAGAAAGCGAUCCAAAGAACCCACCAAGGAAGCUCUGAGGCUAGACUGGAUGCGAAGACUGCGCCCGAAACCACACCGGCGUGUCUAG